AUGAAUAACAACGCCCAGCAUCCCGUGCUGGAUAAGCCGUUUCAAACGCCUGCACUUGAACUCGAGCAGUCACAAGACCUUAACAGCCCCAGAGAACACGAGAAAAGAGGGCCCUCAUCCAGAUGGAGUAUCUUUCCGCAAGAGAUUCGAUUAAUGAUCCUCGGGAUCAUCUUUGCGAUGCAGUCCAAAGACACGCCGCAGGAGAAAAGCCGUCUAGCCUCCGUUUCUGCAGAAUGGCAAACAUUUUUCGAGGAGCGCAACUUCAAGAAUCUAAAACUUGAGCGGCUCCACGAUAUAGACAAACUCAGAGACUUCGUCGGUCCUCGUCGUCAGAUGUACGUCAGUCAGAUCUGGCUCCAUGUGUCCUUAGCGACAUAUACUUCCGAAGAGUUCUGCAAGGAAGAGGACGACGAAGAGAUAUUGCACAACAAUGAGAUUUUUGACAAGCACUUCAAGUCACUUCUUAGAACGCUUUCGAAAUGGCAACUAGGCUACGGCGACGAAGAUCACUUCGGCAUUCACCUUCACUUCUUUGCCGACUCGCCCGAGGACGAUUACCACCCAUUCAAGGGGGAUGAUGAUCCCGAUGAACCCUAUGAUAAUCUUGAGCCCGCUGACCUCUUGGGAGCACGGAAGCGUCUCAUGGGAAAUCUGCUCGACUUUGAAAAUGCAACCCCCACGUCGAGCUUGACAAGCUUGGCUGAAACUGGGUGCCCUGUGGUUCCGAGGGUUCCAGUAGUCAAAAAGUUCAGCGUUACAGACGUAUGCUAUCGAAGUCUAUCAGCAGACGCCAUUCGUUUUCUUCUUCUGAGCUUGGAUAAUCUGGAAACCAUUGAGUACGAACCUUGGCGGGGCAUUGACCAAAUAGACAGAUCCCGGAGAGACAAGGCAAAUGUGGCUCUACUUGAAAGUCUUCCACCUACUGUAAAGAGAGUCAAGUUAUGGGAGGCUCGGCAUGACAACUUACAUGGGCCUUCCGAAGAGCCCGGUCCUAACCGCGAUAUUGCUCGGGCGGCUGUACUGGGAUGCUCUCGCCUAGUUUCUUUCAGCUCUCAGAAUGUUCUCGACGCCGCGCAUUUCCUCGAUGAAGUUAUUCAAUUAUCCAUGCCGCCGAUGGUGGAGUGUUUCGACCGCUGGUCAUCUCUCGAAGCGGUAGCUCUCACGUCUCCCCUCCUCGAUUCAACUCUCGACGAGGCAUACACUCAAGGUCUACUUCAACGAGCUGCUGCGGCCGCAAUGCACUUGCCAAAUCUCAAGGUCAUGGAACUGUGGAAGACCUGGAAGAAUCAAGCGAUUCUGUUCCGUUACGAAGUAUCAGGUCACACAGUCGAGAUCUCUCACGGUGCAUCAUGGGAUUUGAAGCUGUGUCAGGAUGUUUUGAAUGGAUGGGAGGGGGUGGCAAAACAUCAUGGAAACCUCUUCUUUGACCUUCAGCUCAAGGUACUCGACAUUCCUGCCAGUGCCAUCGUCGAUGACAUGCUCCGUGUCAAUUCUUGGUAG